CAGAAUAUUAUAUUUGCUACCGUUCAAGUGAAAUACAGUACAACAAAUUGCUCGAUUAGCUAGUGUAAUUUUAUUUUAAAAUCAACUAUAGAACGUGCCGCACCAUCUCGAGAGUUGCUGGAAAAUGUUUAUAGAGUGACGGACGCGUCGGUUGCAGAUAAAAGUGAAACUAUAAAUUAUUUGUGAAUUUGCAAUGGUAUUAAAAAAAACAAAUAAGUGCAAGUGACAGUUACUAAAAUAAAUAAUUGGUUAUCUUUAAGCAAUUCGUAUUUAGUUGCAAUCCAUCAUAAAAAUAUUGCAGUGCUCGGUCAACAAAAUAUUCAUUGUGCUGCGAAAAAUCGAUUGAUUUAAGCCGUGGUACAACGCUCAGAGUGCUCAGUGCUCAGAGCUGUCAUCUCUCAUGAGAGCUUUUCCACUCUAGUUCAAUAAAUAUCGAAUACGACGAUUUUUACAUAAACAGCAUUAGCAAGGAUUGUGGCCACAACUGAAGGAAAUUGGGAAAAACCCACAAAGUCACGCAUGAACCAACAUGAUUGUCACAUCUGGUGUGGAUAGCACUGCUUCGUUAGGCACAGUUGAGGUUACAACUCUCUUGGGUGUCUUUUUUGGCGUGCUUGUGCUGCUCCUGCUGCUUUUUCUGUACAUCAGUCGCAGAUGUUGUUUUCAUCAUCGCCAUGGCAUCAAUUGCUGUGACGAACGCCACUUGGCAGCCAAAUGCGUGCAAAAGAUCACACGAAAGCGACGCUAUGAGAACACCAGCUCCGAUUCCGAGGAAGAUAUGCUGCGUCGCCUGCGCUGGCAUCAGCAGAACAACAAUCUGCUGCCCAAUGGCAAGUUUGUGGGCUACGGCAUGGGCAUCGAUCAAAUGAACCCGUUGACGGGUCACUCCUUCAAUUAUCAUCAUCAGGCGGACCUGCAAAGGGUCGUCACGGUGACACGUGACCCCUUGGCAAUUGCCGAAAGGGGCAAGGUCGGCAUACCAUCGUCGCACAGCGAGUGCAGCUCCAACGAUUCCAUUGAGGCGUCUGUCGACAGUCACACGGGCAUUCUGACUGGGGAAAGGGAGACUCGAGCUAUUCCUUCAUCAAGGAGCUCGUACAGCAAACCGCAUUCACAGUCCCAGCGUUACCAACAGCAUAAGGUCGACGUGCUGCCCCAAAAGGUCGACAAGGAUAGGGAUAGCGUGGUCGUGGUGCCAAUUACAACGUUUAGUAGUACCAAUAACAACAACAACAACAACAACAGCACUACAAAUAAUAAUAAUAACAACAACAACAACGAUGAUGAACCUCUUUUCGACACGAGUGACUUGCGGUCCAUCAAGUCGGAUGACAUUAUAGAGACAACCGACUCGAAGAUUGCACCGCCGCGUGGCCCCAUCGAGCUGGAGAUGUCCUUGUUGUACGAUGCGCCCAUGCGCAAGAUGACGGUGCAUGUGAUGCAGGCGCGCUGUCUGCCACCUCUGGGCAAUGGCCAGCAGACGCACACCCAGGUGCGCAUGCUGAUGCUGCCGAACAAGAAGCAGAAGCACAAGACCAAGAUAAGGAGUGGCGAGAAUCCACAGUACAUGGAGAGCUUUCUGCUGCAUCGUGUCAAUCCCGAGGAUGUCAACAACAUGGGCCUGCGAGUGCGUCUCUAUGGCUGCGAGCGACUGCGCAAGGAACGCCUCAUAGGCGAGGCGUAUGUGAGUUUUGCCACCGUCGACCUGGAGCUUGAGACUAAUCUGUGGCUGCCUUUGGAGCCGCGCAAUACAUCAUCGCUGCUGGGAUCGACGAGUGACCUGCUUAGCUUGGCCAGAUCGGACAGUGCUGGCUCGACGUCCUCCAUGCAACACGGCGGCGUCUCGGAGCUGCUCCUGGGACUGAGCUACAAUGGAGUCACGGGUCGCUUGAGCGUGGAGAUUAUCAAGGGCAGCCAGUUCCGCAGUCUGACGCUGAACAAGGCGCCCGACACGUAUGUGAAACUGUGCAUGGUCAGCAGCAUUGGGCAGGAGAUAUCACGAGCCAAAACGUCCAUUCGCCGGGGUCCCAAUCCGCUGUUCAAGGAGACGUUUGCGUUCCAAGUGGCGCUGUUCCAGCUCAACGACGUGACGCUCAUGAUCUCCGUGUAUGCGAAGCGGCACAUGAAGAAGAACGAGAUGGUUGGCUGGUUUAGCUUGGGAUUGAACUCGUCGGGACCGGAGGAGUGUGCGCAUUGGACAGAUGUUUGUGAGUUGCCCAAGGGCGAGAUUCUGGCACGGUGGCAUGUGCUUGUGGAUUCCUGAUUCGAGCAGUUGGGACAGUCCUCGGGACGCAGCAGCAAGGCGCUCAAGAAACUGAGCUUUGCUGCGUUCAAGGACAAGUCCAAGGAUAAAACGACUCAAAAGGAGUCGGAGUCGCCGGAUGGCGUUCAAUUCGCUGCAGACAAUGCGGUUGCAGUCGACAUUGAGCCGGGAUUGGAACUAGAUUUUGUCUAGAUUUGAGAUAUGGUCGCCUUAAGACCUUUUGAUUGGUUUUUUUAAAUGGAACACCGACAACAAAAAAACUCGGAAGGUGUUCCAGCAGCCCAAGGACUACAUAUUGUACUUUUUGGAUAAUCUGGAAACUAUUUAACCAGAUUUGGGCCCAUUAAUUUGGCUCGACAAAUCUUUGUAAUUUGGAAAACACAAAAAUUAACUUAAAUUUGGCAAAGCAUUUUUUGAUAAAAUGUGCAAACACAAAAAAAAAAGAAAAAUACAAUUAACAAUUAAACUAGUAUUAUUAAACUUUUAUACGCAACUGAAAAAUGCAAAAUGCAAAACGCAUAUAACUUAUUACUCAAGUUUGAACUUUAUAAUUGUUUGUGAUAAAGCAUAUGAUAAUGGUUAGAGAUCGAAGGGCGACAACAGGUCGUAUGAAUGAUGAUGAUGUUAGAUAAAGAAAGAGUAUACGUAUGUUGACAUACAUUUUUGUAUUUAAUAUUUUCUCUGCAACUCGACAAAUAUUUAACCGCAAAGGUUUUGAUGGUCCGAAACGCGCGGACUAGCACUUUUUAUUACUACCAUAAAUAAGAAUUUCCAAAAUGAAAAACCAAAUAAUUAUUAGCAUUGUUAACCGAGUAUUGAUCAAAACAUUUGAAUUGUUUGCGAUUGCGAGUACAAUUAACAAACAUCUGGAAUUCUUACCUCUCUCAAAAACCAAAUGUUACUCGUACUUAUUUAAUUACCUAUCUCAGUGCUCGCAUAUCUCGAAUAUAUUCGAAUGUUUUGGCAAAACUAAGCGCAAAAAAUGAAUAGCAACAAACAAACAAAGAAGCAACAAUUGUAGCCAACGCAUACAUACAAACAAACAUAUACAUAUACAUAGAGGAAAUUCUAGAAAUUUUUACCUAGAAAAUCAUCGCGCAUUGUUCCAGUUUUUAUAUGAAUACAACAAAUAUACCUAUACUCUAGGAUUCAAAUUAAAUACGCACAAAAAUCGAAGGUACAACUCGAGAGAAUGAUGAGGAGAAGGAGGCAACAGAAAGCAGAAGGCAGAUAGAUAAGAGCGUUGAUAAUGUUUAUAAAGAUAUUGGAAAUCCAGCACCAUUUAUUCGAUAUUUCAAGAGGGUUGCUCGGAGAACUAUUUAAGAGACACAACA